AUGCUUGCAUUCACAGCAAUCCAAAGAUUGCGCACCGUGCGCACGUUCAUGCGGCUUAAAGCGGGUACCCCGUCUUCGGAGGAGGCGGUCGUCAUCAAACCCAGCGCUUUGCCUGAGGGAACCGCGGAUGUCGCGCGGGCAUGUCGUAUUUCUUCCGCUCUUUUAAGGUUCCAUUCGCCUCAACGGACUCUGCCAAGCCUUGAAAGCGAAACGAAAAGUCCCGCGGAAAGUGCCAACGAGAAUGCAGCUAUGAUCAACCGUGCAUGGAAAGCAUCGGCGUGGGCAGACGCCUCCGGAAAAGCGGCUUACCUAACGCAUGUGGCUCAUCAGCGUCGAUUUGACGGGUUAAGCAUCACAGAUCUGAUCAGUAUGGUAGAUCGCACCUGGGCGUCCUGGGAUGCGACAAAAAAGGCUAACUGGGUGAUGGGGGCCCCUCAAGGGCGACGCGCACUGCGGCUUCUGACGGACGUUGAUUGCGGCAGGAUUCCUGCGAAAGGUCGGGUCGCGGGAAAGCACAACCUCGGGCCGGCUCGCCACGGCUCGUCGUGCAUGGGGAAAAGGGAAGCCAGGUCCCCCCUCAUGCCCUGCGGUCCGAGCGCCGCAGCGAUGUCGUGUAAAACGCCAAGGCGCCAUCCGCUUACACUUCGGGAAUGGGCUGGUUCCCUGUCAACCCACCGCACGGAGAGCCCCUCUCUAGCACACAAACAAGGAGCCUUCGACGCCGCGGUGGCCGCCAGCCAUUCGUUCGAGGCCUCUCACCAUCUCAGCGUGUCGAGGCUGCGACAGCGCAACCGGUGGAAGCGGGAGCUAAAUCGGAUGCUUGGCGGAAAUGACAGUAGGACUUUCCAGGGUUUCAUCAAGGAGCAUCAACAAGAGUACGAAAACAUCCAGGCGCCUACAAAACCCGUGACGGAGGCCCCCAAAGCGUCCAGCACGGAUACCUUUCUAAAUUUUUGCGAUGAUAUGAAUAUCGGUAGCCCUCGGAAAGCCUUUGUUCUACAAAAGAUGAUCCCUUUCUUGGAUUCGAACGAACGCGAGGUCAGUAAUGGCAAUGCUGCGCCCCUCUCUCUGGCGGAAGUCAAGGCAGCAGCUCAAAGAUUCAGCCAAGAGUUCGAUCAAUAUCGUAACGAUAUCUUAAAAAACUGUGGGAAUUCUUUGGCGGUUCAAGCGUACGAAAAGGCUCUCAUUGAUGAAGAACUCACGCAAGUGAGAUUGAAACUAAAUCGGUUUCAGAGUAAAAUACCUCUUUUGCAGCGCAUCGCUAACCUGUGUAUGGGUCUUUGA